GGAACGGCGAGGACGGCGGAAACCGUCUGGGCUGCCUCUCAAUUCAAGUUUUUAACACUCCCCGGACAAACCGUCUCGUCUCGCGGGGAGUGGGCGGGGCGUAAAAACGAGUCCCGGCGGAGGGGCGGGGACCCCAGCGGCGGCGGCGUGUCUCUGACGUCAGCGCCGCGACCCGUGACGUCAGCCCCGCGCGCGCAGUUCGCUCUGGCGCCGGGAGGGGGGCGGCGGCGGCGGCUGCGGGCCGGCGGCAUGUGGGCGCGGGUGAACCGCGCCGCCGAGGAGCUGCACGCGCGCCUGCUGCAGAGACUCGCUGAAGACGAGAAAGGCGGCUGUGGCGACCCCGUCACCUACGAGGUAGGCCCCCAGCUGGCCUUUGAGCGCGGCGGGCGCGGUCAUCCUCAGCCGGGCUUAGUCGCCGCUACGGAUGUCCAGGUCCACCUGGUCAGCAGAGGCCAGCCAAGCCCUCUGGAAAACAUUUUGAAUGAAAAUGACGUCGUGUUCAUUGUGGAGAGAGUGCCUUUAGAAAAGAGAGAAACGAGUCACGUUGAAGAGCUCCAGUCUGAAGAAACGGCCAUUUCUGAUCUCUCUGUCGGGGAGCAUGUGGGGCCACUGGCCUUGUCCGUGGGGAGGGCCAGGCACUUAAUCGGCCUCUACACCAUGGCUCACAAUCCCAACAUGACCCACCUGAAGCUGGAUCGGCCUGUUCCUGCCCUCCCUCCCCUGUGGGUGAGGUGUGAUGGGUCAGACCCCGAGGGCACGUGCUGGCUAGGAGCUGAGCUCACCACAGCCGCUGCUGACGCCGCUGUCACAGGGGUCAUCCUCUAUGCAGUCCGAUGUAAAGCUGAUAAGAAUUAUUCUGUAAACCUCGAAGAAUUGAAAGACUCCCAUAAGAAAAGACAUCACUUAUCUACUGUGACGGCCAAGGGCUUCGCGCAGUACGAGCUCUACAAGCCCACGGGGCUGGACGAGUGCGCGGCCGCCUCCCAGACCGCCAUCACGCUCAGCGUCGCCUGGAGCCCCGUGGACGAGAUUCUCCAGGUCCCUCCGCUCUCGUCCACCGCCGCCCUGAACAUCCGAGUGGAGUCCGGAGAACUCAAAGGCCCUCUGAGUCAUCUUUACAGGGAACUGAAGUUCCUCCUCGUUUUGGCUGAUGGUCUGAGGACUGGAGUAACUGAAUGGCCUGAAACUCUGGAAGCGAAGUCUGCUGUGGAACUCGUCCAGGAGUUUCUGAACGAUUUACAGAAGCUGGAUGAAAUUGGUGAGUCUACAAAAAAAGACACAGAGGAGGUGAAGCACGACAGCACGGCAGUGGACCGCUCGCUGGAGCUGCUGGCGGCACGGGGAGACCUGGACUUCGCGGAGCAGCUGUGGUGCAGGAUGAGCGCCGGUGUGACGUCCUACCAGGACUUGGUGACGUGCUUCUCUCUGGUCAUCCAGAGCCUGCAGCGCGGUGACGUGCAGCCGUGGCUGCACAGCGGCAGCAGCAGCCUGCUGGCGGAGCUCGUUCACCAGUCCUACCACGGGGCCGUGGGUGCCAUCUCUCUCAGCGGGACCCUCCCUGUUCAGAUGCUUUUGGAAAUCGGCCUGGACAAGCUGAAGAAAGACUAUGUCAGCUUCUUCCUGGGUCAGGAGCUGGCCUCUUUGAACCACUUGGAAUACUUCGUCUCCCCGUCGGCCGACAUCCCGGAGCAAGUGGCCCGUGUCCGGAAGCUCCACCACGUGCUGGAGAUCCUCGUGAGCUGCCGGCUGUUCGUCCAGCCUCAGCACGAGCUGCUCUUCUCCUUGGCACAGUCCUGUAUCAAGUACUAUCAGCAGAACCCCCUGGACGAGCAGCAUGUGUUCCAGCUGCCGGUCAGACCGACUGCGGUCAGGGACUUGUAUCAGAGCGCGAAGCCGCAGACGUGGAGAGUGGAGGUCAGCAGCGGCCAGAAGAGGCUGAGGACAGUGUGGCAGCUGAGUGACAGCCUCCCCACAGACCAUCUGGGACCCCACAGGCCCGACCUCUCCGACGUGACCCUGAACGGCAGCCUGGAAGACAGGACCCCCUUCCCCAGUGUGCUCACCUGCAGCCAGGUGCACUUCCGGUGACUGCGGCCGCCCACCCCAGGUGUGUGCUCCGCACCAGAGAAGGCUCGCCCCCACCCCCGAGACUGCACCCCAGCGUGCUGCUCAGCACCGUCUCCGCAGGAGGACCGCGAGGAGCACCGCGGCGAGGAGCACGCACAGCGUGCCGACCGUGGGCACCACAAUCUCCGUCACCAUCUGCAUGUGGCUCCGCAGGGGCUCUGGGCGGGAGAGAGGGGAGGGGAGGGGGCGCGGGGUGAGCGCUCAUGGCCACAUUAAAGGUGAGCUGCUCAAAGCGGGAGGUGUGUCUGUCACCGCCUAGAUGGAGAAAUUGCGGCGGCCUCCUGAGGGUGCCCGAUCUU